GUGCGAACAAACACACGCCACACAGUUAAAAAAAAACAUCACACAUAAUUCGCAAAAAACGGGAUAUAAUAAUAAAGAAAAAGAAAAAUAAAUUAGAAAACAAAAAAAAAAGUAAAAAAAGAUUAAAAAAAAAACAUCUAUUUUCUUUUAUGUGCUGUCAUUCAUGCACCUGCGUGCGUAUAUAACAGUUUAGUACGAUAACUCGUUCUUUUUUUUUUUUCAUUUUGUUACUUUUUUGUAAAUGGUGUAGUAGUAGUGCUCUCACUUCCUCUUUAACCAAUAACCCACCCACCAACGUAAAGUGUGUUCGUUUCUACUCUUCUCUUUCGUCUGUGUGUCUUGUGCGAGAGUUGUCAAUUUUGACCUUCAAGAUUCCUUCAAAAUCGACGCAGCACUAGUUUCUUUCUCAGUGGGAAAAUCUCAAUUCAACUCAACUCAAAAAAUCAUCAACGAAAAAAAAAGAAAAGAAGAAAAAUCUUUUUUACACAUUUGCAUUUUGAACAAAAAAAAAAAAAAAUACAACAAAUAAACAAGAAAACUAGAAAAAUGGAUAAAGAGAUAAGUGCACAAUUCGAAACAAUUGCUAUUAAUAGUAAUAAUUUAUGCAAAGAGAAAUACAACAAAUGCAAAGAAAAAUCUAAAGCGCCAAAGAUUUUCAGUGAAAAAUCAAAAAUGAUACGCGAACACUGCAAAGAGCUCAUCCUUACCGAAGAGCAAAUCAAAGAAUUAAAUUAUCGCAUUUUGCAUGAAAUAAAACGUGGUUUAGCCAAGGAUACCCACGAUCGGGCUAAUGUCAAGUGUUUCGUCACAUACGUACAGGAUUUACCAAAUGGCAAUGAACGAGGCAAAUUUCUAGCACUCGAUUUGGGUGGUACUAAUUUUCGAGUACUUUUAAUUCAUUUAAAAGGUGAGAAUGACUUUCAAAUGCAAUCACGUAUCUAUGCGAUACCACAACAUAUUAUGACUGGAUCUGGAAUUCAGUUAUUCGAUCAUAUUGCUGAAUGUUUGUCAAAUUUCAUGAACGAACAUGACGUGUACAAAGAACGUUUGCCAUUGGGUUUUACAUUUUCAUUUCCUCUGACGCAAUUGGGUCUGACUAAAGGUCUACUUGUUACAUGGACAAAAGGUUUCAAUUGUGAAGGUGUUGUUGAUCAGGAUGUUGUUCAAUUGCUUAAAGAUGCUAUAGCACGACGAGGUGAUGUACAAAUUGAUGUUUGUGCUAUUCUUAACGAUACUACUGGCACUCUUAUGUCAUGUGCCUGGAAGAAUCACAAUUGCAAAAUUGGUUUGAUUGUUGGAACCGGUUGCAAUGUCUGCUACGUCGAGAAAGUCCAGGAAGCUGAAUUAUUCGAUGUUAAAGACAAUUCAAAACCACACGUCCUCAUCAAUACUGAAUGGGGAGCAUUUGGUGACAAUGGAGCUCUAGAUUUUGUACGAACAGAAUACGAUGAUGAUGUGGACAAGCAUAGUAUUAAUCCGGGUAAGCAAUGUUUUGAGAAAAUGAUUUCUGGUAUGUAUAUGGGCGAGCUGGUCCGGUUGGUGUUGGCUAAAUUUGCAAAACAAGGAAUGUUGUUUAAAGGAGUCGAUUGUGACAUUUUGAUGACUCGUGGAACAUUCUUUACCAAAUAUGUUUCAGAAAUUGAAGCUGAUGAAAUUGGUAGCUACACAAACUGCCGGAGUGUACUGGAAGAAUUGGGUCUGAAUAGUGCCAGUGAUGAGGAUUGUGAAGAUGUUCGUUUUAUAUGCGAAUGUGUAUCGAAGAGGGCGGCUCAUUUGGUUAGUUGUGGUAUAGCGACUUUGAUAAAUAAAAUGAAUGAACCUUUUGUAACGGUCGGAGUGGAUGGCUCUGUGUAUCGUUUCCAUCCGAAAUUCCACAAUAUAAUGGUUGAGAAGAUUAAUAGUUUAAUUAAACCGGGUAUCAGAUUUGAUUUGAUGUUGUCGGAAGAUGGUUCGGGAAGAGGUGCAGCGUUGGUAGCGGCUGUAGCAUGCAGAGAAGACUUAGAUGAUUAGAAAUACCUACUAUAAACAACACACACAAAAAAACAUGGUUUGAAUUAUCCCCAAUUUACUUGUUAUAUAUAUAAAUACCAGCUCGCAGCGAUGUUCAUAUACAAAAAAAAAACAAACAACACUUAAAAACAAUAAAAUCUUUUUGGAACGGAAUGAUGAUGAGGAUGAUGGUAGUCGGAGUUGGAGGAGGAGGAGAAAUUAUUAUUAUAUAUUUUUUUGAGCAUAGUACAUUAAAUUAAAUUUACUGAUAUGAAUUGGAUGUCAGGAAGGAAAGAAACAAAGGAAAGAAGCGCAAAAACAGAUAGAAAACAUAUAUAUCUUAGAGUAUAAUCAAAUUAAAUUACACACUUUAUAUUAAAAAAAAAAAAAUUUAUCUAAUAUCUAUUUGGAUUUUGUUGUAAUUAAUAAUAAUAAUUGUAUUGGUUUAGUAAUAUUAUAUAUACAUCAUUCUAUAUUCUUUUUUCCUAGAUUUAUAAAGUGGAAACUUAAUUUUUUUUUUAUUUAAAUUCGAUAAAAA